UUUACUGCGGCGAUUUGAUUUGACAGGUCAGCUUCGAGCCACUUUUUAGCUUUUCAAGUAGCGUAUUUUCAUUUUAUUUUGUGUUAUCCUUUCAUUUACGCGUCGUAAAUUAUGUUUGAUUAGCCCUAAAAGUAGAUAAAUUCGUUUAUUAUAGUUGUUGUAAGUGCACUUACAGUGUUACAUAAACUGUAGAGCGCUAAUCGUGUCGGCAGACCCGAUGUGUAUAACUACAUAGUACGUCAGUGAACGAAUGGUGGCCGUAAGAUAAUGGAUGUGGAUGCUCCUAACUUACUGAAAAGGUGCAGCAGCGCACCCCUUAUCAAUGAGGCAGCCUCUACAGCGGUGACCUCGCCAUCCACCAACACUGCGCCCAGAAGCGCCCCUUUCUUCAGCAUGCUGUCCAACAACAACCUGUCGCGGAUGCGGCGGUAUAGCGGGAGCAGCUUCAGCCCGCUCUCCGCGCCUGUCAAUUCUACUCAAAACUCGUGGGCGCCGCGACUGACGCCGCGCGUGAACCAACUCCGCGCGGAGGAGUGCGCCGACGUGGCCAACACGCGCGAGGUGGCGCACGAGCGCGAGGUGCACUCCGCCAUGCAGAUGGGGCAGUCCUGCGAGGACCUGACCCUAGUGGCCGGCCUGCAGAACUCGCCCACGAGGCUACACAGAUUUUCACCAGUCGUGUCCCCGUCGCCCACGCGGAAAUACACGACGCGGCGGAGUCUGUCGCCGAUCGCGAUCCGAGCGUCGAGUUUCAGCCCGGUGGGGCGAGGCGGCGGCGGCUACGCGGGCGGCAAGCGGCGCUUCGACGAGGCCGACUCGCCGCUGUCCAAGCGCAUGUGCACAGAGCGCCGCACGCCUUCCACGCCCGGCACGCCAGGAACACCUGACUCCGAGCUUGAGUGCACCUUCCGACCUGUCUCCCCGCGCGCGCCCGCGCCCCGUCACAAAUCCCCCGAACCCAGCUAGUGCCCCCCACCCCCGGGGAAUCCCCCCCCUCGAUAGCCAAAGCAUACAAAACUUUAUUGUAAAUAUUUAACCGCGCUCAGUGUACCGAGCGCGGUCUUGUAUAUAAUAUCGGUAAGAACGUAGCCAUAGUGUGAGAGCGUUGGUUUUAUUGUGAUCGUUUGCGACAGUUUUGAGUUGACCGCCGAAUUUAUUUAUUGUGAGCUUCCGUAGCGUCCUGACGCGGUGUGAGCGCUUUCAUGUUGGGCGUGUAGCAAGCUGAAUGUGCAAGCGCUGACAUUAUUUAUCUUCAUUACAUCAGCGUGUUGUUUUUUGUAUGGAGCUUUUGCUCCGAACCGUUAGAAUCGAUUUUGGGAUGCGCUCCUGCACAAACAUUGACACUGAAUGACUCGGGUCGACAAUGUGAGGCUGUUAGCCGGCUAAUUUAUAUAAAAUUAUUGACAUUUCGCAAUUAAAUUAAAAUAAAUUGUUGAGCUAAAAUCAUAAUAUAAUAAACAUUGUAAGCGUUGAUUUAUUUUAAUUGAAGGUUAUGAAGGAGUUGUUUUGUUUGUGAUUGAUUUGCAUUCAUCCAUUGUGUUCAUUGUGUCACAUAGCUUAUAAAACCACUAUUAUAUGAUACUGAUAUAUCAUAAUUCGUAGGGUAGGUAGCGAUUCAAGUUAUGCAUAAAUCCAUUUAAAAAUAUUUUAAGUAUGAUGUACCACAUUAAAGUGCUCAUUGUUGAUUUUUUAAUCAAAUAUAGCAUCGGUAUUUGGAAAUUCAUUUAAGUUAGUUUCAAGGUGUUUAUUGCGUAAUUUACCUGUGUUACCAAAUUUAACAGUAUUUUUACUGCAUAUAACUUGUUUUUUGUACAUUUCUCUGUUGUUAUUUGAAUUUAAUCAAAUACUAUCCAUCAAGUGUGUUGAGAGACGUGGAAAAAUUGUACUUUUUCUUUAAAUGCUAUGAAUUUCUGAAUCAAUACUGGAAAUAGUUUAUAUUGUAAUGAAAUCCGCAAUAUCUUGGUGUAAUUAAUUUUUAAUACCUCAACCACACCGUAUGAGCUGUUGCAAAUUGCAUUUUUAUGUUAAUGUGUAAUAUUUUGUACUACGUACAUAGUUAAUGAGUAUGGCAAAUGUAAGCGAAGUAGACGGGAUAGAAACCAAUUGGGGUCAUUCCUGUAGUAUUUAGGCGAGUUUGAUCAAAAGUUAUCGAUUUUUUAGGAAUUCUUUUCGUUUUGCUAUCCAAAAAUCCGAAUGCAUUUUCGGAAAUGUAUAACUAUAAUUGAAUAAUCUUAUUUAGUUCGUCUGGAUUUAUAGGUAAAAAGCUGGUUCUCAAUUUAGAUGAACAUUAUUUUGAAACAAGAACGAAAGACAUCAACGUUAUUUCUGUGCCUCUAAGGCUUUAUUUCCUCCUACGCUGACGUCGGUCGCGUACAUCGGUCGAGCGUACGAAUAAACACAAUGUUCUAUGAAGCACCACACUGCAACGCCGUUGUCAGCGGCAUAUGAUUACAUAGAACUAUGGGUCUAGACAAAGUGCAAAUUAUAAUCGCAAACCAGUCGAAAAGUGGUCGAAAAGCCCCUUUUUUGUAUGGAGUUUUGACGGAUUCGAUUUUCGAUUCGAUCAAAAAGUGCGUUUUGUCUAGGGGGGCUAGUGUGUAAUCGUGCGCGCCGCUGACGUCGGUCACCGAUGUCAGCCUAAAAGGAAAUCAAGUCUAAGAUAUUUUUUGAUUUUGCUGCCUGGUUGCUACAGAAUGACCCUUUGGGCCCGUGAUUAUCCCACUUGUGUACCUAUCGAUAUGUAAGUAGGUACUUUUGUAUCUUUUGUAAUGUUCGUCUGGGAGUAAUAAUGAAACUUCCGGGACUACCAUUGUUUUCAAGUGUGAUUAAAUCACAACAUGAUCUUA